GAGGGCAGGCGGGGAGUUGGGGGUGGUGAGGGAGGAUGUGGCUGGGCCUCUGCUUCAGGCCUGGCCUCCUGGCUGGGGACACUACCCAACUCCCUCUUUCCAGCUUCAGGUCCAAGAUGUCCAGUCCCCUGGAGCAGGCGCUGGAGGUGAUGGUCGCUACCUUCCACAAGUACUCUGGCCAAGAGGGAGACAAGUUCAAGCUGAGUAAAGGGGAGAUGAAGGAACUUCUGCAGAAGGAGCUGCCCAGCUUCGUAGGGGAGAAGGUGGAUGAGGAGGGGCUGAAGAAGCUGAUGGGCAACCUCGAUGAGAACAGCGACCAGCAGGUGGACUUCCAGGAGUAUGCUGUUUUCUUGGCCCUCAUUUCCAUCAUGUGCAAUGACUUCUUCCAGGGCUACCCAGACCGGCCCUGAGGACGAACUCAGGACUUGGGCCACCAAUCUCUUGGGUUCAGGAGGACUCUCUAUCCCUUUUAAUUUUGUACUCAAUAAAGAUUUUUAUUUGUUGAUAAU